AUGCUCUUGGAGCCUUGGUGUCGUCUUGCAAACUGUUCUUCGCUUUUUGAAGACCUCUGUUCAAAUCGGCUCGAAGCUAUCGUUCACAAGGCUCGUGCCAGAGUUCUGGAGGUCAUGGCGAGCUUAUUAGGCGCCCAGGCAGGGCAGCAACCACAGGUAAGCCCGGUGGACAUGAUGGUGGCAGAGAUGAAGGGCAUGGCUGACAUUUUCUUCAGGAUGCAGGCCAGCUGCUACAACAAGUGCAUAGCCAGCGUCAAGGAGGAAAAGUUAAGCGUUGGCGAGAUGAGCUGCGUAGACAGGUGUGUGAACAAGUUCAUGGAUGUCCACUCAAAGGUGGGUGCAGAGCUGCAAGCAUUCCAGGCUCAGCAGGUGCAAGCGCCUGCAUCCACCGAAUGA